AUGGAGGAUCGUAUUAAGAAGGCACUCAAUGAGCUUGACAGUGCAACUGUGAUUGACAUGCCUUUGACUUCAAAGAGGUCACAACAUCAUUCAUCUAAUUCAGAGUCAUCAACAUCGACAACAACAACAACGACAACAUCAGAUGGUACGACGACGACCGAGUCUACUCAGCCAGAACAUCAGAAACAACAUAGACCAUGGAGUAGUGAUGAUUAUCAUCGUAGAGUCACGUCAUUCUCAAUUGGAAGAUGGUUUGCCAAGCCAUCAUUGAUAGAUCCACUCCAAUGUGCACGCUUUGGUUGGAUCAAUUGUGAUGUGGACAUGCUCGAAUGUGUAUCAUGUAGCAAGAGACUAUAUUAUAGUGUGCCGGCAGCACUUGGUCAAGCGAUGCGUGAAAAGAGGACGGCAGAGUUUGCCGUCUCAGUUCGCUCCGAUGGACAUCGCGAUACUUGUGCAUGGCGUGACAAUGGUUGUCCUGCCUUCUACGCCAGGCUCAUCAACAUACCAUCACAGAUCCAGAUAGAGAACUACCAUCGUCGUGCACAAAGUGUCUACGAGCACAUCAAGUCCGUGGCCCUGCCCGAGCUCAAUCUAGAAUUUUGGGACGCUAUUCAGAAGAAAGAGAAGAAGAAGGAUCUGAUCAAGUUGUUAUCAGCAUUCACAGAGUUUACCACGCGAUCACAUUCAAACUCACACUCAUUGACGAUGCCAUCACUCACGACAACAACGACACAAACACCAACGCCAACAUCAAAUAUUGAUUGGGCACAUAGGAAGACUGCAGUCAUCUUGGCGCUCUGUGGAUGGGAGGCUGACUUGGGUGAUGGAAAUGGUUCACAUACAGUCAACAUCCAAUGUUCAUACUGUCAACGAGUCUGUGGAUUGUGGAACUUUGCAACUGCCAAGAACAACAACAACACUACCACUGCCACUACUCUGAUCAAACAAUCAACAAUAUCUCAUCUUGCUGGUGGUGCCAACAACAUCAAUGACAUACACACACAACUUCAAUCACAGCCAACAACAGUCAACUUGAAGAGACCACGUGAGGAUGAUGUUGAAGAGAAGAGAAGUAUUAGAUUGAGUGCCAUGCUUAGUCGAUCAUUAUCAUCAUCACGCUCACAGAUGGACCUUAACAACAUGUUCAACAACACCAACAACAAGGGCUCGAGUGCCGAGCCUGUCAAAAAGGCGGCGCGAGUCGACGUUGGAUGGAGCUGGGCAACAAAGUUUGUUCAUCAUCCCACGCCAUCACUAUCCAAAGGCAUUGAGAGCAUCCAGGCAUCAUCCAAUCCACUCUCUCCACUCAAUGAGCAUCGUUGGUUCUGUCCAUGGAUCAACUUCUCCAAAGAUGAAAUAGUUGACAGUGCAGAGACAUCAUCUUCUGCUUCAUCAUCUUCAUCAUCGUCAACUGUUGUUGCUGCCACCAAGUCACAGUCACAGCCACAGAGAGCAACGGAUGGAGUACCAGGAUGGGAGAAUCUCCUUCAACUUCUCCUUCAUCAACUAUCAGCUGAGCAGAAGAGUAUACAUAGUGUGACUGGAACGCUCAGGAUGUUGAUGCCGCACUCAGACUCACAGGCCGUCAUUGGGGGCAUAGCCUCUGGCAGCUCCAUACCACCUUCAACAUCAACAUCAACAGCCAUUAACACCAACAACAACAACAACAACAACAACAAUAAUGCCACCGCCAUCACCACCAACACGUCCACCACUUUGUUGCCAUGA